UUUUUUUCCUCUCUCUUUCCCUGUUACUCUCCAAUUUUUUUUUCCUCCCCUUUCUAUUAUAGACGAAGAACUUCAUGCUACUCAAAAGGUGUUAGAUUCUUCUGGUGUUCCUAUGCCAAAUUUUGGAACGUUAGGUGUUUCCUUAAAAGCUGAACUUCAAGAAUACGAUGACGAUCCUCAAGGUGCAAAGACUCCAGAAUUAGUCAAUGGUGAAGAUGAAUCAGAUGAAGAAGAUGUUUUGACUCAAGAAGAAAAAUGGCAACAGUACUGGACAUCUGUGGAAGAUCAACGACUUCAAAAGUUGAUCCUGUGUCAAUCUUGCAUACGACGCUGGCUCACAAUCAAGCACUACAAACAGAUGAAGGAACAACUCUAUAGUACAUGUAUACAAGAUUCUACUGUACAACUUCAAGCUCAUAUACGAGGUUGUCUAGUUAGAUUUCGACUUGGGCAACGACGACAAUUGUACACUGAAUCUAUUACCUGGAUAUGGAAGUUUCAAGCAAUUUGCCGUAGAUACUUAGUCCAAAAGAAAUUAUCUGCAAAGGCUAAUCAUUAUUUGAACAACAUGGAUAAAGUCAUCAAGGUUCAACAACACGUGAGAAAACGAUGUCUCAACAGGAAAUAUGAAAAAUUGGAAGUAGAUAACAAUCCCACGAUCGACACGGUACAAACAUUUGUCCAUCUUUUGGACGAUAGUGAACUGGAUUUUGACAGCGAAAUAAAUUUGGAAGAAAUGAGACAACAGGUGAUUGAACGAAUUCAAGAAAACAAUCAUCUGGAUGCACAUAUCAAUUCAUUAGAUAUUCAAAUAGCUUUGUUUUUGAGGAACGCCACUACAAUGGAAGAAGUCAUGAAACAUUCUGGAGCUCUCAAGAAAAAGAAGCAGCGCAUAUUGAAACAACAAGCAAUGAAAGGUCCUUCUCGAUCAGAUCCACACUCAUUGAAUGGCAUGGAUAAGGCAAGCAGAGAAAGAUUGGAAUUAUAUCAACACUUGAUCUAUUUACUACAAACGGAACCAAAAUAUCUGGCAAGAUUAUUAUCAGCUCUUACUCUUCAUCAGGUUGUGGGACGACAUACGAUAUACCCGCUGAUUGAAUCCACCGUAUUAUCCUUAUUUGGUUAUACAACAAAUGCCCGUGAAGAAUAUCUUAUGAUCAAUCUAUGCAAGUAUUGUAUUGCGGAAGAAAUCAAGGGGGCACAUAACGUUCAAGACUUCUUACGCGGCAAUUAUGCAUUCAUGAAAUUGAUUGUACAGACCAAUAGGGGUGCCAAAGAACGUAGAUUUUUCAAAAAGCUAGUUCGACCUUUGGUGACUAUGGUGAUUGAAAACAAGGAACUGGAUUUGGAAACAGAUCCUAUCAGUAUUUAUCAAAAAGUCAUCAAUGAAGAAGAAUCAGCUACAGGUCGACCUACUUCUCGUCCAUCUUCAGUGACAGCACAAGGUGCUUUAGCAGAUAAAGAGGUCAGAAACAGAUUCAUUUCUCACUUGCGCAAUGUCCGGGAAACAACAGAAACAUUCUUGACAGCCAUCAUAUCCUCUAUCGACGACGUACCUUAUGGAAUCCGUGUUAUUGCUCGUGAACUUCGCCUUACUCUUGAAAAUACUUUUCCCUCAGAAUCUCGUGAACAAAUCACCAAGAUCAUUGGCCAUUUUAUCUAUUAUCGUUAUAUGAACCCUGCUAUUAUUGCUCCAGAACAAUACGACGUGGUGGAUGCUGUCAUUAAUCCUGUUCAACGUAGAAACCUUGCUGAAGUCUCGAAAAUGCUUCAAUAUAUUUCAAGUGGACAGGUUUUUGAUAAGGCAGAAUAUUUCAUCAGUCCUUUGAAUGAUUAUGUUCUGGAAGCUGGUGAUCGGUUUGCUAAUUGGUUUAUGGAAGUAACCGAAGUGGAAAGUCCAGAAGCCUAUUUUGAUAUGGAUACUUUGACUGAUCAUACCAAUACUCGAAAGCCGAUGGUUUAUAUGACUCCAAUGGAACUGUUUCAUUUACAUUACGUACUGGAAAACAACAUGGAUAUUUUAGAACCUGGUGUUAAGGACGUGACCAUCCGUAGGAAUGAAGGUGGAACUCCUCUAUCUGACUUGUUGACAUCGCUUGGACCCUCUAGUUUUGGACCAGAUCAAACCAUACCAAAUGAUAUUACUGUUCGUCUUACACUUACAAGUCAUCGUGAUGAUUUACCUGUAGAUUCAGCAACCUGGCUUCGACAAGCCAUCUUUGAUACAAAACGUCUGGUAGUUUAUGUCAUCAAACAUCAAAGUGGACCAACUUUACUUGAUAUUUUGCAAGCACCUGUGGAGCAAGAACAUGAAAGCAAUUGGGAAAAAUUCAAACAAAUAGAGUUCUUGGGUACUACAGCUGACGACAAUGAUAACAAAUCUACCUUCAACAACAGUAAAACUAUGAUGGCAGCGAAAAGACGGCUUCUACAAUUGAUAGCAUCUGAAACGGCUCUGGAUUUGUAUUGUUGUACUUUUGAACAAUUGAAACAGCUGGCUUAUCGAUUUGUAGUCCAUUUGGAACGAUGCAAUGUGAUUAAUUCAACGAAAGGUUAUCAAGAUGUUAUCAACAUGAUUGCUCGAGAUAUCACUGGAAAAAAUGCUAGACGCCAAAAGAGAACACGUGAAGUAUCUAGGAUGAAAUCCAUUUUGGCUCAUUUACAAACCAAAUGUGAUUAUUUACUGGAACAAGGCAAUCAAUACGAAGAUUAUUUGAAUGGAUGCAUGACAGCAAUGGCCAAUAAAACAUCGAAAAACAACAAAAAAACACCUCUAUUAUUCAGCCGGCAAUACUUCCAUAUUCGAGAAAUACAGAAAUCUGGAUUUGCCGUUCCGCGGUUUGGAUCAUACAGGUAUACAGCGAAGCAGCUUCAUGAUCGGGGUAUCUUGGUGAAUAUAGAUUAUCCUGGUAUCAAGAAAACAAGGUAUGAUCGAAUUGCAAUGGUAUUUUCUAUGGAUCAAGCAGGUCUUAUUGCGGUAGAGGCAAGAUAUGCUAAAUGGACAAAGAACAAAUCCGUCACUCCAGCUGGUGCAGUGAUUAGUGAUAGUACUAGCAGUGUCAAUUUAAUGUCUCCUUCUAUCUCUUCAACCGGUAUCUAUACUGUCAAUCCAACAACGAACAUGAUGAUGGGAUUACGUGUGGAUUUGCGAUACGAAGAUUUAUUACAAGCUCAAUUUGAAGGCACUCAAAUGAUCACCUUAUUGGAUGAUGCUGUCAAGGUGAAUUUGAAUCUUUUGAUCUACUUUAUCAAUAAGAAAUUCUAUUCCUAAAGAAACAGAUUUACCUAAUUUCUCUUUAAUCGUUGGGGUCGUAGUUAUAUAUAUAUAUAUCAGUCUAUUUUAUAGUUUAUUUUAUUAUUAAUUAGUUUAUAUUAUCUUUUCUAUUCCAAUUUUUGUAUUCCAAAUAAAACCGUCUG